GCCGAGCGGCGGCGAAGAGCUGGCGUUUGGAACGAGAACAAGGCGAAGCGAGCCGGCCGGUGCGGGUCCACCCCUUGCCGUCCACACUUGCCCAGCGGCGGGGCGCGGAGAUGCUGGCCACCAGGCGCGGCGGGUAAGGGGAGCGCUCGCCUUCCCUCAGCCUCGGCUCCACCUCAGAGAGCUCGCCGCUCGCUGCGUCCCGAUGGAGCCGCGCUUCAGGCGCGCGAAAGGGAUGCUGGUGUACGUCUGGGUGCCUCAGGCGCUGUUGGCGUGGAGCGUGGCUGCGCAGCUGUCUCCGAGGAGCGCGGCCCCCGGCCAGGCGAGGAACGGCAGCAGUGCAAUACUUCGGAAAGGAGAUCCUAGUGCCCUGGGAGAGCUGGAAUUUGGAACACCAGUUUAUAACUCUUCAUCUACUACAGUAUCUUCCAGGCAAAGAAAAUUUCACAACACAAUUUGUGAAUCAUCCAAUUCAUUCACAUGCUUUAAUGGAGGUGAGUGCGUGCAUUGGCAACUGUGUGACUGUAGUCGAUAUAAUGCAACUGGAUCAAGAUGUCAGAAAAUAUACAACACAGGUGCAGAACGAGACCACAUUUGCCGAACAUGGGGACAAUACCAUUAUGAAACCUUUGAUGGGCUCUACUACUUUUUCUCUGGAAAAUCUACAUACACUCUCUUAAGGCAGAAUGAAUUGGACGAACAGAGCUUCUCUAUACAAGUCCAUAAUGAUCCAGAUUGCAAGUCUUCUCCAUAUUCCUGUAAACGAUCAAUUAGCCUAUACUUUUCUGGAGACGGGGAAAUCAGAUUAAGUAGUGAGGUCACCUACAAAGGGAUUGGGAUACAAUUACCAUAUACCAUAGGGAACUUGUACAUCCAAGCAUUAGCUGGUUAUGUCAUUGUUAGACACCAGUAUGCAUUCUCUCUGGCUUGGGAUGGUACCUCUGCUGUUUAUAUUAAGAUGGCUCCUGACUACUUGGGCAGAACUCAUGGACUGUGUGGUAACAACAAUGCCAUUCUGCAAGAUGAACUUGCCACUAGUUAUGGAAAACUUACUGAAGACAUUGAAGAGUUUGUAGAAAGCUGGAGAGAAAAUCCUCCACAGGAGAACAUCUUCUCCUGGGAUACCUCAUUUAACUAUGAGCCACCCUGUCUGACUCAAAGUCAAACAUUUUUACAGAGGACGUAUGCAUUCUGCAGCAUUCUGCUCGGGAGCCCUUUCAAAGAGUGCCAUGAAUUUGUGAGCCCAUUUCCUUUCAUGGCCAGCUGCACAAAUGAUCUAUGCAUGUCAGGAGCUGAUAAUGCAACUUUGUGUCGAGCAUUAACUGAGUAUGCAAGGACUUGUGCUCAAGCAGGAAAACCUCUCCACAACUGGCGGGCGCAAUUUAAGGAAUGCGUCAUUAAAUGUGAGGAGCAUCUUGUCUACAAUGAAUGCAUUGACUGCUGCCCAGUUUCAUGUCAGCAAAAAACUCAUUGUGUUGACAGUGAACUGCCCUGUGUUGAUGGAUGCUAUUGUCCAGAUGGACUUAUUUAUGAAAACAAAUUAUGUGUAAGGCCAUCAGAAUGCCCUUGUGAUUAUCACGGAUCUGUCUUCAGAACUGGUGCUGUGGUUCAUGAAGAAUGCAACAACUGUACAUGUGCUGGAGGAAAAUGGAUUUGCACAAACCUUACCUGUCCAGCUGAAUGUUCAGUCUCAGGAGAUAUUCACUUCAUGACAUUUGAUGGGCGCAAGUAUACUUUUCAAGCCACUUGCCAAUAUAUUCUGGCAAAAAGUCUCACCUCCGGAAAAUUUGCUGUGACUCUGCAAAAUGCUCGUUGUGGACAGAAUCAAGAUGGAGCAUGUAUCCAGUCAGUCAGUCUUAUUCUCAAUCAAGAUUCCAAGAGGCAAGUGACUCUGACCCAUUCAGGAGAUGUUUUGGUAUAUGAUCAGUACAAAGUAAAUCUGCCUUAUAUUGAUGACGCUUUUGAAAUACGGAAACUUUCCUCUGUAUUUUUGCAAAUAAAGUCAUAUAUUGGAUUACAAAUACUGUAUGACUGGAAGGGUUUGAGGCUCUAUCUCAAAGCUGAUGCUCAAUGGAAAGAUGAUACCAUAGGACUUUGUGGGACCUUCAACGGAAAUAUGCAAGAUGAUUUUUUAUCUCCAGUAGGAGUGCCAGAAAGUACGCCACAGCUUUUUGGAAAUUCCUGGAAAACUUCAUCUGCCUGUGGUCUUGAGCAUGAUUAUUCACCAGUGGAUCCAUGUGAUAUUCAUCUACAAUCAGCCACUUAUGCAACAGAAGCUUGCGGCAUCAUUACAAAAGAACUCUUUGCCCCAUGCUUCUCCUACCUGAGUCCUCUCCCCUAUUUUGAACAGUGCAGAAGAGAUACCUGUAAAUGUGGGCAGAUCUGCAUGUGCUCCGCUCUGUCCCAUUAUGCCCACCUGUGCCACAGAUAUGGAGUGGUGAUAGACUUUCGGAGUUACGUCCCAGAAUGUGCUCUUUCAUGUGAAGAUACAAAGGAGUACAGUACCUGUGUAUCUACUUGUGGCAGAUCCUGCCAAGCUUUCUCUGUGCCAGAGACGUGCAGUGAUGAUUGUGUUGAAGGCUGCACCUGUCCUCUUGGAAUGUAUCUGAACAUCAAAACUGACAGAUGUGUGCAACAAAAUGAAUGUCCCUGCUAUUUUCAGGGUAUUGACUAUUCACCUGGAGAAAACAUAAUCACGUCUUUGGGCAAAUGCCACUGCAGAGAUGGAAUGAUGAACUGUGAGGAAAACAACAUUGUUCAUGACUGUCCAGAUGACCAGAUCUAUGUAAACUGCAGUAACCCACAAACUAUGGAGCUUGGCAGGGAGAGAACAUGUGAAAACCAACUGCUAAACCUCACUAUAUCGGCACAUCUUCCUUGUUUUUCAGGAUGCAUGUGUCCUCAGGGCCUUGUUAAACAUGGUGAUGCAUGUUUCAAGCCAGAUGAAUGCCCGUGUUCUUGGAAAGGCAAAGAGUACUUUCCUGGGGAUAAAGUAAUUUCUUCCUGCCAUACAUGCGUCUGCUAUCAUGGGUCAUUUGAAUGCACUUUCCAUCCUUGCCCAUCAAUGUGUACUACAUAUGGAGACCGCCAUUACAGAACUUUCGAUGGACUUUCCUUUGAUUACAUUGGGAAUUGUAAGGUUUACCUGGUUAAGAGUUCCUCAAUUACUAGUAUAUCGAUCAUCAUAGAAAACGUGAAUUGCUUUAACACUGGGAUCAUUUGCAGAAAGUAUAUUUUCAUUAACAUUGGAAAAUCAUUCAUAAUAUUUGACGAUGACACUGGAGAUCCGAGUCCAUUGAGUUACCUAGACAAACUGCAGCAAGUGCAUAUAUGGAAAGCUGGUUUUUUCACACUUGUUCACUUUCCCAAUGAACACAUCACAGUAAUGUGGGAUCAAAGAACAACUGUUCAUGUAGAGAUAGGACCUCAAUGGCAGGGUGUGCUGACAGGAUUAUGUGGAAAUUUUGAUUCAAAAACAAUAAAUGAAAUGAGAACUCCAGAAAAUUUUGAGUUAACAAAUGCACAAGAAUUUGGAAGUAGCUGGGCAGCUGUAGAGUGUGUUGACAGCUCUGACAUUCGGCAUCCAUGCAUUUUAAGUCCACUCAGAGAACCAUUUGCCAAGAAAGAAUGUGGAAUACUCUUAAGUGAAAUAUUUGAGUCUUGCCAUCCAGUGGUUGAUGUCACCUGGUUUUAUUCAAACUGUUUGACAGACACAUGUGGUUGUAACCAGGGAGGGGAUUGUGAGUGUUUCUGCACAAGUGUUUCAGCCUAUGCACAUCAAUGUUGUCAACAAGGAGUUACAGUAGACUGGAGAUCUCCGAGAUUGUGUCCUUAUGAUUGUGAAUAUAUCAAUAAAGUUCUGGGAAAGGGCCCCUACAAGCUGGUCAGCUUCUUGGACAGAGAAAUUGCAAUUGGAGCCAAGCUGCUGGAUGGUUCUGUUUUUCCAGCAAGAGGAGAUGCUAUUGCUCCUGGAGAUGCAGUACACUUUAUGCUGACAUCGGGACUGUAUAAGCCAAAAGCACAUGAUCCAAACCUGGCUUCAUUUGAAUCAGCUGACAGACCAAAUUAUUUUCUUCAUUUAGCUUCCAACAAUACCUUGGUUCUCGCCAAGUGGGAAAGAAGUGAACAUUUUCAAAACAGAUCGACGUUUGCCAUCCACAAAAACACAUGGCUUUCAGGAUAUAGCUCCUUUGAGUCAUUUGCAGUGCCAGGAGCCUUCAUCCACAUUUCUGCUGCUUCUGUGAAUAUUGUUAAAUAUCGCCACUCUGAGGCAUUCAGACUUGCUACACUUUUCAAACUUGUUGAUACCAAGUUUAAAUUUCUAGCUCACUCAACAUGUGAGUGGCGCUAUGAUGUUUGUGCAAGCCCUUGUUUCAAAACAUGCAGAGAUCCUUUGGCAGAACGCUGUCAAACUGUUCCAAAAGUGGAAGGAUGUGUUCCUAUGUGUCCUUCACAUAUGGUUCUGGAUGAAGUCACUCAAAGAUGUGUCUAUUUUGAAGACUGCAUUGAACCUACAGCUGAUGUUCAAAUUCUAUCAUCCACUGUAAAGACACAUACAACAUCUGGGGCUCAUCAAACUUCUGCAACAAUGCUGAGUAAAGAACUAACUUUAUCUCCUAGGCCAAUAUCAAAGGACAGAGAAACAACACAGGCAUUCAAGUGGCAAUUUACUCCAACUAAAUUUUCUUCUCUUUUGUUGCCAAAUAUUACAGUUUUAGCCAUAUCUGCAACAUCAAAUGCUUCAACAUAUUCAGCUUUUGGUACCAGCUCAAUGCCAGUAGUUUCACACCCAGUAUCUGAUAUUAGCCUCCCUUUUGCUGUUCCUCCACCUACAACUGUGGCAGUUACGGAGUCUUUGCCUGGUAAACAGACAAGUAGUACAACACUCCCUUCUGUAUCUAUAGCAACUGAAUCAGAAAUUAAAUUAAUUUCUACUUCACCUAUUAUUGUGCUGCCAUCAAUGCUUACAGUUGCUAAAUCACCAGCCAUAACUAAAAUAGCACUGGAUAAAAAAGUAACAGGUGCUCAACUUCCCCCAACAGAGGAAGCAGAAAGAAAACUUGAAGGUAUUACAGAAGGCAAGAUUUCUUCAACACCAAAGACAGAAAGAACAAGUCAUUUUUUUACCAAAGCCCCAUUGCCAUCUUUGGAAAUGUCUUCCUAUGCCCCCACAGUGAAUCAAACAACAGACAGAACAAUGUUGGGUGUAAGUCAACUGACUGUAACAGAUGCAAAUAUCACUGUAGCUCCGUUUUCUACUUUAUCUACUGUUUUAUCAACAGUAAGGCCUGUUGGAAAGCCAAUUCCUUCAGAAACAACAAAAACAACAGUUGCUUUAAUCAAAGAAGGAGUUAAAACCACAUUUAUUACAGUACCUCCAGCACUAACGCAGCCCACCACCACAGUCCCAACACAUACAAGUGGUUUUCCAGUUUCUACUGUUAAAAAGGAAAUAGCACAAACAACAUCAAGCAUUAUGCACCCCCCAAGUACUUUUUCUCAUUUAUAUUCAGCUACGACUCUAAGACAUAGUACUUCUGCCAAACUACCUGGAGUGCCUGGUACAACUUCACCAACUUUAAUAGACUCAAAAGAAUUUUUAGAGACAGGAUUGACAAGUGCAUAUUCACCAUUUAUUCAACCAAAUGUGACAGAAACAAUGACUGUUCUGUAUACCCAGUAUCCCACUUCAUCACACACUAUGACAGUUACACCCCUCUCUACCAAAAUAAGUUCUAAAAUGACGAUUCUGCCAGAAUCAGUCACCGAUAAAACAUCAACAGAAUACAGAACACCUUCGUCCCUGGAAACUACAAAAGUGAGUGUUGUACCUUAUUCUAUUGGUGUGACAAAAGUGGAAACAGCAAAAUCUGAUUUGACAAAGGAAGCCGCAGCUAUGGGUGUCCUAGUUCCACUGGUAACUAAAAAAAUUGAACCAGUUCAAACAACUGAAUUUCUGCAUCCUAUGACUGAUACAGAAAGAGUGAUAUUGUACCCUGGCACAGCAGAGUCAGAAAAGGCCACUGCAGAGUCAGAAAAAACCACUACAAAAAAACCUUCCAUUAGUUUGCUUCCAGUGUCCAUUUCUACAGCAAAGAGUCCGAUAGCAUCAUCACCUGAAGUGCGAGUUACCAGUGCUGAUACUCACCAUCCAAUAACAGCAAAGUCUACAUCAUUUUUUUCAGAGUUUCCUCUUACUACAAAGCUGCCAAGCACAGUUGCUCCAGAAUUGACAAUAACAGAAGCUUUAGGUGCCACUGAUACUACUUUACUGCCAUAUUCUGAACUGAGCAGCCAGCCACCAACUAUUAAAGAAGUAGCAUCAACCAAAGUAGUAUCAACUCUCUCUUCCUCUAUUGCUCUUCCUCUAACAACACUUCCAACCACACUUUACCGGCCAGAGAAAACAGUUCUCCCAUUAACACAAAAAGUACCUGAAACAGCAGCCACUGCAGGGCAGCUAAUUGAGAUAACACAACCAUCUAUAACUUCCAAGGCUACUUCAUCUGUUCCUACUUCUCCAAUGGAAAGGUUUUCUUCCCGUAUGAAAGAAGAAUCCACUGUUUCACAUUUUAUCCCCCAAACGACAGGAAAACUUGAUUAUUCACCACCUUCUAAAGAUUACUUAACAACCAAGGGAAGUACUGCAGCCUAUCAUUUUCCAGUUGAACUGUUGAGAACAAGUAUCCACCCCCAAAUUGUUUUUAGUACAACAGAGUCAGCAACCAAAUUUGCAGUGCCCUCCACAUUCCAAAGUACUCCACUACCAGGGAUUCCUCUUUCCACUGUAUCACUCACUUCAGUGUUUUCACCAGAAGUUCCUUUAACAAGUGAAGAAAAAGUAACCCAAACAGGUUUUUUGCCAUUGUCUACAAUAAAAGAAGUAGUGGAGUUAUUUCCUACUGAAAAGUCAAAACUUGAGCUCCCUACCACAAAGAAAGCACUGACUCCUCCUCAAACACUUACAGCAUCUAGUACUUUAUUUCAUGAAUCAGGACCAGCAUCUCCUUCAUUGUUUAUACUGGAAGUACCAAAAACCUCAGCUGUGAGUCCAACAGACAAACAAGAGGUGGCAUUUUUAACACCAAUACAAUCAACAGCGUUUACAUCUAUGAGCAAAAGUGCCACAGAGAAGAUUUCUGUUUUGUCUAAGCAAGUGCCACUUUCCACCAUUUCUUUCAGUUCCACACUCCCUGCGUCUAGAGUGACACCAGCUACCCCACAUUUAACAACUACGACUGAGUCAGCACCGCUUGGGAUCAGUGGUCUCACAACACGGAGUGUCACUAAAUCAUUAGCAGAAAAGACAGCAGGGAUAAAAGAAUUCAUGACAACAUACUUAUUUUCAGUGCCUUCCAUUGCUUUAGAAACAAAGAGCAUCACAUUGUCAGAGACUGAUGGGCAAUUAGUGGUUACAAAGCUUCCUGUAUCACAUCCACUCGCUGAACAUUCAUCUACCUCUCCAGCUUCACUUGGUUCUACUGUCCUAACUACAAUAGCCAAAGAACCAUCUGUCACAGAGAUGUCCACACCUUCAUCAAGUUCUUUGUUGAUACCACCACUACCUCCAAAUGCUACAGGAGUCAUCCCAGUUCCCACAUAUUUAUCGGGAUUAACCACUGUUGAAAUGGUCUCAGGAGUUACAGCAGCAGCUUUCAUGCCAUCUAAAGAAACAGCAACACCGCCAACAUGUGUACCAAUCACAGAGAAUGAGUGCAUAAAGCACAUUUGCUUAGAUGGACAACUAAUCCAAGUUAACAAAUCACAGAACUGUCCGUACAAUGCAACACAACCCAGCUGUGGAUUUCUUGGAUUUGGUGUUCAGAUUAAUGGAGAUAAAUGCUGCCCCAAGUGGGAAUGUGCAUGUCGAUGUACGCUCUUCUCUGAUCUGAGCUUUAUCACCUUUGAUGGGCACCAUUUGGCUUUAUUUAAGGAAGCCUCCUAUGUCAUCAGCCAAACUCAAGAUGAAACUAUAAGCAUCCACAUCAGUGACUGCAGCAAGAUUCAUAUGGGCAUUUUAACCUCUACCAAGCUGUGCCUGGCAAUGUUAAAUUUAACAUAUAUGUCUAACCAGAUUACCAUUGACCGCUUAAACAGAAAGAUAGCUGUCAACUCAAGAUAUGCAUGGCCCACUGUUACAAAAUAUGGAUUUAAGAUUGAGGACAAUGGCUUCAUGUAUAUUAUUGAAACUCCGACAAAUACUAAAAUUCAGUGGUUUCAUACCACUGGAGUGAUGGUAAUAGAACUUAAUGCAACCAGUGAUCCAAAAGCAAUGGGACUGUGUGGCUUCUGUGAUGGAAUCUCAGCAAAUGAUCUCAUGCUACCCAACAGGACCGUCGUAAGCACUGUAGGUGCUUCAGUUGUUUUCACAGAUAGCUGGCAGGUGCCAAACACAUUGAAGUAUAUUGGAGAACAGAGAAUCCAUGAAACUAACUGUUCAGUCACAGACUGUUCCCUUUGUUUAAACACGUUAUUGAACCAAACCUUCAGCAGCUGCCAUCCUUACGUUUCUCCAGAUUCCUUUUGUGAUAUGUGGGUCCAAGAUAAAGAAUACAUUCAGAAUCCAUGUAUAGCACUGGCUGCUUAUGUUGCAGCAUGUAACAAAUUUAACAUCUGUAUAGAAUGGAGGAAUUCUCAUUAUUGCUCCUUUCCCUGUCCAGAAGGUUUCUACUAUAAGGCCUGUAUAUCUGCCUGUGAGACACCAAGCACUUGUCAAAAUAUGGAGCCAGAACUUCAGGAUCCAGACUCUUGUUCAAUAUUGACUGAGGGGUGUGUUUGCGCAGAAGGGACCAUCCUUCACCGUGUACACUCUGCGCUUUGCAUCCCUGAAGAGAAGUGUGCCUGUACAGACACUUCUGGAGUGCCACAUGCACUGGGUGAGACUUGGAAAACCUCCCAUAGUGGAUGCUGCAUGCACAAAUGCAUUGACAAUGAGACCAUUGCUCCUGUGGAGUACAACUGCUCAGCAAAUAAUGACUUGGAAUGCCAGCGUUUUGGGGAAGUAGCUUUAAUUGUACCAGAUGAUCAAUCCUGUUGUCACCAGAAAGUUUGUACUUGUAAUCAGAGCCUCUGUGAAACAUUUAUUCCUGAAUGCAAGGGCCUAGAGAAACUGGCAACCUAUUACCAAGACGAUUCCUGCUGUCCUAGCUACAGUUGUGAAUGUGAUCCAGCAAAAUGUGAGUCUAUGGAACAGAUUCCAAACUGCCGAGCAGAUCAAACUCUGAUUGCUGCCCAUGUGGAAGGCACCUGCUGUGUAUCCUAUAUCUGUGCAUGUGGUAUUUGCUCUGAUCAGAUUCCAGCGUGCCAGGAAGGAGAAGUGCUUACUGUGGAAGGCAACACAACAGACAGAUGUUGUCCUGCUUACCAGUGUAUUUGUGAAACCUACCGUUGUCCUGAAUUUAAGUGUUUAUUAGGGAUGUCCUUGGUAGAAGUAUGGAGCCCAGAAAAGUGUUGUCCAUAUCGUACAUGUGAAUGUGCAUGUGAAACCGUUCCUAAGCCUCAGUGUAAACUGGGAGAGAAACUGAUUAUAGAUGAACAAUUCCAGAACAGCACAGAAAAUGUUUGUCACUGCACUAAGUACAAGUGUUCAAGAGACAAAGUGUGCCUAAGCAGCGAGAGAGGUGUUCUGCAUCCAGGACAGUCCAUUGUUGAACACUCACCUGAUGGUGUUUGCCACACUUCCUACUGCACAAGCAUAGUUGAUCCUGUUACCAAGUACUAUCGGAUAAAUAUAUCCACUAUAGAUUGUGCGGCAAGGUGCAAAUCUAAUGAAGUCUAUGAACCUCCAGAGGAUUUAACAACUUGCUGUGGAAAAUGCAAGAAUGUGUCUUGUGUUCACUCUUUCAGCAAUGGAACAGUUUCACAUUUUAAGCCUGGCACCAGUUGGAUUUCGAACUGUGUCAGAUACGACUGCACAAACACACCAUUUGGACCUGUUCUAAUUACAUCAGCCAUCAGCUGUCCACCGUUUAAUGAAACAGAAUGUGUGAAGGUUGGAGGAUAUAUUGUACCAUUCUUAGAAGGAUGCUGCAAAACAUGCAAGGAAGAUGGAAAAUUCUGCAAAAAGGUGACUGUUAGGAUGACAAUACGCAAGAAUGAUUGUCGAAGUAACACACCAGUAAAUAUUGUUUCCUGUGAUGGAAAAUGCCCUUCUGCAAGCAUAUAUAAUUAUAACAUCAAUACAUAUGCAAGAUUCUGCAAAUGCUGCAGGGAACUUGGGCUACACAGACGAAAUGUGCAGCUAUAUUGCAGUGGCAACUCCACCUGGGUCAGCUAUACUAUUCAAGAACCCACAGACUGUUCUUGCCAGUGGUCAUGAAACAGUGCUACAAGAAAUCAAUGUGUUCAACAGCUUUGGGGGAAAUUAAUUUUACUCCCUGAGUUAGGACAAAGAAUGUUGAUGACACAGUUGCCUACAGUUACAAAACAAAUCAGCAUUUAAAUAAACUGGAUUGUGUUCUGGGAUCUUUGCUGAACAGAUGAACUUACAGCACUGAUGUUAUAUUUUCAGAACACAACCCCACAAAAAUCUGAACGUUCCAAUGAGGCACAAUAUUCUAGGGGUUAGUUCAUACAACAAAAUUGGCCACUUAACAGAUUGUGUGACCGGUCUACUCACAGGAGCAGUGUAACAUUUAAACAGAGAAACAUAGUUUCAUGGUAGCAAUGGCUGUGAAGAGGCAAAUAUGCAUUUUCAAAUUCUCCCAUUCAUGGAAGUUAUUGCCAUACUGCUUUGCAAGUUGCUUGUUCAUGUUACAUUGUUCUUACGAAGUCAUAGAAUUCAUGUAAGCUGUUAAAUCUACAAAUCAUUGGUUGAUUGUGAUAUACGAACCACCCCUUAGAACCACUAAAAGAGAAGAGCCCUGAUCCAGCUCUCGUUGCAAGGAAGAAGUUGUGCCCAACUAAUGAUGGUUCUAUAAGAUGGAUCUGUGUUCCCCUGUGAACCCAUUCAGUUAACUAUGCAUUAUGGAAAGAUGAUACACGUAGUACUUCUUUAGUGGUUUGGGGAGGAAGGGGAUCUUUUUGGUCAAUUUUUUAUAGCUAGAUUUCUAUUACUAGUCCAUGAUAAAAACAAAAGCAAAAAAAAUAUAAAUCUGAAAUUGCAGGAUUUUGGUCCUGUUAUUAAUUUCGUUUUUUAAAAAAUUGUGGUAUGUGCCAACUUUCAAAAGAAAAGGGAUUGCCUUUGAAAGAGGCCAUGAAACAGACAGAACUGUUUUUGUGGAAGUCUGCUUUAUUCUGUGCAACCACACCACCACUUUUUAAAACAGGGUGACCAACAGAUAUUUGGGACUGCAGCUGUCAAUGUCUGUGACAGUUGGCAUGCUCAGCAGGACUGAUUGGAGUUGUAAUCUGAAACAUCUGGAAGGUGCCAGGUUAGGAGGGGUGGAUGGACCUAUUAAAGACCAGUCUAUCCCGGUUUCCAGAAGCUAUGGGGCUAAAUUUAUCCUUUCCUGUUUCUGGGAAGAUUUUUUAAAAUGGAAAAUCUUUAAAAAGCUGCCUAGAAACAUACUUUUAAAAAUGUAAAAUAAAACACCAGGUGGUCCAAGAGUUGGGCACUGCCUCCAAUCUUUCCCUCCCCACAAAAAAUCCUGAAGCAGGGCACCCAGCUGCUUUCAGCUUGAGUGGUUAGUGCAUGGUACUCUAUGCCACCACGCAAAUUGAUUCAGUGUGCAGUAAGCUCUCCUGAGUGUUGCAGGACUUGCAAUGCUUUUACUGUCCAAUUCUCCCUGACAGAGACGGAACGUCAUGAAGUCCUGGUGUCACUAGGUGCUCAGACUGUGGGCAAUUGGAUGCCCUGUUUUAGAAGUUUAAAAGGAAAAUUGCUGGGGGUGGGGAAAAGAUGGCAGCCAUCAGGCUGCAUUGUAAACGAACCUACCAGACUGAGGGUUCUGAAGACCAUUAAGGCAAUUCUGGUCAUGAUCCACCCAGGUUGGAUUAGACAAACUUCUUUUUUGAAUCAGAGUAGUCAGAUUCCUACCCCAUUCCUACAUGUUCGCUAUCCUUGUCCGUCCCACCGCAAAAAACACACAUCUUCAAAUAGUGUACUGUGAAAUCCUAUUCAUGUCCUGUUGAGUUCAGUGUGACUUCUUCCCAAGCAAGUUUGUAUAGGAUUGUAGUUGUAAUACCUAGACAAUAUUGUGUUAUGAGUGUAUAUACAUUGGAUGACACUGCAAGUAAAUUGUAAGAAAGUAUACAUCACACUGAUAAUGCAAAAGAAGGCAAAUGAUAUAAAUAUAGUUAUGUUUAUCAGGGAAAUAUUUUCAAUAUUGAGAACUGUAUAUAUAAACAUGUUCCCUGGUAUGAAAUAUGAUAUUUUAAAUAUUUAAUGGUGUUAUGUAAAAGCAUAUUUGCUAGGAAAUAUAGAUCUGCCAUUUGACAGUAUCCAAGUUAAACAUUAGCAAUAGCUGCAUCUUGAAAACAGUAUGACAAACUGAUUUACACCAGUUUAUCAAAUUUAAAAAGUGUUUCCCUUUCCUUUCAUUUAAACACAUUUUAUAUGAAAAAUAAAUCUUUUGCCUUCUAUAGCAUAUCAUAUUGUAUGUGUGACAUUUGUGUGUCACCAUCUAGAGAAAUAUACAACUAGCUCUCUAUAUAGUUAGGUAGUUUGGGGGUGACUGAUCGUUUUUCUCAAAUGAUAAUUUCCAUACAUGGCAUUUCAAGCUACUUUUCACAGAAUCAUAGAUUUGUAGAGUUGGAAGGGACCCUGAGAGUCAUUUAAUCCAAUCCUUUGCAAUGCUGGUAUCUCAGCUAAAGCAUCCACGACAGAUGGCCACCCAACCCUUGCUUAAGAACCACCAAUGAAGGGGACUCCACCACUUUCUGAGGGAGUCUGUUCCACUGCCAGGAUAAAUUCAGAAGCAGUUUAUGAUGUGUUAUGGAAGCUGGCUUCUCAGAACAAAAUCAACAAAAGAGAUGUGUUACAUGAUGUUUGUAACAGCAAGUGACACAUGAUUCUCUCUGAUCAAAUGUAUUCUUUCCUGACUUUCUCUGACCAGUUCGAUCAAAUAUGUGUUGUGGAAUCAAGAAAACAAUAUUAUAUGCAAUCACUUUGUAUUAUUCAGCUUCUGAACUAUUUCCAGCAGCUGGUAUUGUGAGGCAGAGCCGAUCUCUCAACACCAGCAUUGCUGCUGCUCACCCAGAUGGUGCAAGGGUGAGACAAGGUGGCAGCAAGGUCAGGACCGCACAGGCGCACUGGUGGAACCAAACUUGCUUUUGUACUCAUAGCCCCACCCUCGCUACUGUUCUACACCACCCCAUCCUCUAAGCAGCCAUGCCAGUAUCAGGAGGGCACCUCUGUAGCACUGUCCCACCAUGCCAGAUGCUCGGGGGAGCAGGGAAGUACUUGUGUUGAGUCUGUGGCAGCAAAAUAACAAAACAGCUUGUGAAAUGUUAAAAGUAGACAGGUUGAUUGACAGGACAGAAUAAUCUACUCAUGUACUUUGACCUUGCCUUUGAGAAUCCCUGGUACUAGAAUUUGCCUCUUGCAAGCAAUUAAAUUACAAUGAUAAUAAAAAAAUACUAAGGCAAAAGUCA